AUGGUGGCGGAGGUCGUGCUGCCGGUCGUAACGUGCAACACCUUUUUGCACGUGAUCGAUGACAAGGAGAAGGCGCAAGCAAUACAACCGCGACGGCGGAAGUCAUGCGGUGACGGGGUUGAGGCGACCGGUACCAACCUCUAUGGGCUACUGGCUGUGAGCCUGCUCGGCCCCGGCAAUGACAGGCCUCAGAAGGAGCUCGUGACAUGGACCUCAAGGUGGCACCCAGUUCUCGGUCAGCAUCCGGAAGAUCCGGUGUGGCUCUCUGCCACCACGCUGAUCAUCAAGAACUUGCCUGCUCGCUGCAGGCUGCAGGAGCUCGUCAGUUUCAUCAAGGACAUUGUGGUUGCUGACGAGAGCUUGAGAAUAUUUCUUCCCUUUCAAUCGCAGAAGGGCAAGAACAAAGGCUAUUCUCUUGUAAGUUCCACACGCUGCCUGCAGCCCCUGGCCGCUUCGCUUUGGUCCAAGACCUUGCGUGGCCGUCACAUCAAGAUUGAGGCCUGCACCGAACCGAUCAAGUCCGACACCACAGCUGUCUACCGGCUUGGUGAUUAG